AUGUUGAUCAAAUCUCUCUUAACCUCCUUCUUCACUUCUCUGGUUCUAGCUGUCUGGGACCCCGCUUCAGGCGGUGACUGGGCCAAACUCAAACCCUGGGCCCAAAAACCCGAUGGCGCCGUCUCGUCGCUUCCCUUCCCUGUUGGAAUAGUCACGGUACCCUUCCAGCGCAACGAAAAAGGUCAAUGGGAGGAACCGCUGUUGGAAGAGCCGCCUUUGUGGGUGCCAGACGUAAAGGAAGAGUUUGAGGCGAAGUGGGCAGACAUCCACCAGAUGAAAGAGGGCCAGGCUUUACGUGCAGAGUACUGGAUGAACGAAGAUUCCCAGGAGGACGACGAUGACGAUAACGAUGACGAUGACGAACCUUGGGAGUUGAAGGGUCCUGACUGCGAGGAAAAAAAUUGGUUCGAUGAGCUGUGGCGGUUGGAACACGAUUAUGAUGUUAGUGAUGAUGCUGACUGUGAGCAUUCAGACUCAGACUACGAUUCCGACUACGACAAGAACGCCAACGGCAACGUUGACGGCUUCCAAGUUCAUGUUGUACCGGAUGUUGCCUUGAAAAAACGUGGCCAUGGCGUCAAAAAAAGGGCGUUGCAGGCAUUCAAAUACCCGGUGAAAUACAGCAGUUGCUCUGACGACGGCACGCUUGUGAUGCACUUGAACGGUGGGAUCUUGACCGACCACCUCGACAGAAUCGGGAGCAUUGUGUCAAACCACCAGUUCCAGUUUGACGGUCCGGUGCCCCAGUACGGUGCCAUUUAUGCUGCAGGUUGGCUGGUCUCCAAAGACAGCCUCUUGUGCUUGGGCGAUAGAACCACGUUCUACCAGUGUCUGGCUGGGGACUUUCACAAAACCUACGACAGCCCAAUUCACGACGAAUGCUUCCCAGUGCACUUGGAAGUCGUUAGGAUCGAAGGCCCUUGCGAUGAUAACUUCUAG